UGGGGACAAUCUCAGAGCAGCCUCUGCAUCACGGCCAUGUCCACCAUGAAGAUCAUUGUGGGGCUCCUUCUACUCUGUACAGUGACCCAUUUCUGCAGCAGCUCAGAAGCUGCCAAUCUGCCUUUAACAACAGUGGACUGCAGCAUUUACAAGAAGUACCCAGUGGCGGCCAUCCCCUGCCCCAUCACAUACCUGCCAGUUUGUGGUUCUGACUAUAUCACCUAUGGGAAUGAAUGUCUCUUGUGUUCUGAGAGCUUGAAAAGUCAUGGAAGAGUUCAGUUUCUUCAUGAAGGAAAUUGCUAAAUUCUCCAUGGACAUGGGUAGAGAGCAAUGAUAUUCUCAUCAUCAUCUUCAUCACUGCCAGGCUCUGACUGACAUUCCUUCAUCUUCGCUGAUGUUCUGGGUGGGAGCAGAGUCA